UCUGCCGGGAAAUACCGCGCUGCCAAUCAGGGGCUAGUAGGCGGAGCAGAGCCAAUGAGAGCUAGGGGGCGGGUCGCGGUAUAACCGGAGCAGAGGUUUAAACAUGGCGGGAGAUGUAGAGCGGGAGAUGCGGAGAUUCACUGAGGACCUGUUCCAGAGGAGCCCCGACCUCAGCGUCCUCUCCCAUUCUAUGGUGCGCUCCAAGUUCCUGGCUCACUCCAAACGCUCCUCUCUGUCCUCGCAGGAACGGCAAACACUGAAGAAGAUUGUAGAGCAAGAGCUGCUGAAGAUGCAGGAGGAAGAUGCCAGCGAUGAUGAACCCCUCAUCACUAAAGUGCAGAAGAGGGGGCGACCCAACAGUGGUGACGAUGAGCCGGGGAACAAGCAGCCACCUGAGAAGAAAAGGAAACCACUUGAUGGCGGCCAGUCAGAAGAGGAUUCUGGGAUCGAACAGAGGGAUUCCAAAAGACUGUCCGAAAGUUCCCCAGAAGCCCUAACAUUGAAGACAGACCAAAAAGGGAGAGCGCAACAGACUGUCAACAAGAAAGAAAAGCAAGCCCAGAGGAAAGAAGAGAGCAAACCCAUGAAGGGCAGUGACCGAAAAGAGACACCACAGGCACAUGUUAGACGACCACAGAAAGGAAAUGAUACAGACAGUGAUAUUGAAGAGACUAUCCCUGCGGGAGAGACAGACAGUGACGCUGGAGGUUCUUCAAAUAAAAAGACUGUCCCAAGGAAGCGCAUGGCAAUGAAAAGGGCAGCCGGAAAGCUGAAGACUGCUGUAGAAUCCAGUGAGAAUGAGGAUGAGACGGCCACACAGAAGACAGCGCAGAAUGCAGAAUCCGACAGUGAGGCAGAAGUAGCCGACACCAGGCAAAAGGAUAUACAAAAAAAGAGAAAAGCGAGGGUCGGGAAAAGUCAGGGUGAAGCUAGAAAGAAGACCGGUGCCAGGCAAAAUGCUAAGCAACGUGACACCAAGACUACAAAGAGAUCUCAGAAGAGAGAGACUGAUAGUGAAAGUGAAUCGAGCAAUGAGAGUGAUAUAGAUGAGCCAGUACUCAAGAAAAAGGGGGGUGAAGUCAAGACUGUGCUCAAGAAGCACAAAGAGACAGACACAGAGAGUGAGCCUGAAGUCAAAGGAAAGGACAAGCCAGACAAAGACAGCGACAGUGACAAAGAGGACAGUGAAGACGAAGAGCAAGCAGUAAAGGCCAAACCAAAGAAAGACGGCGACGAAGAGGAGGACAAUGGGAAUUCAGUAACGAAAGAUAGUGACAGUGAUGAGGAAGACGGGAAUUCAGUAAAGAAAGAUAGUGACAGUGAAGAAGAACAAAGUGCAAUGAAGGCAGUGCCAAAGAAGGGGGAUAAAAGUGUCAGCAAGGAGGAAGAGAGUGAUGAAGACAGUAAUUGUGAGGAAGAGGAGAACACGGCAAAAGGUAAGAAAGAGGCAAAGCAAACCAGCAAACACAAUGGAGUAAAGAAACCCAAGAAGACUCCAGAUAAGCAUAAAGGGACUGGUGGAAAGGACAAGAAAGCCACUCAGGACAGUGAUUCCCAGGAUAGCGAGGAGGAAGACAAAACGGAUAAAAAAGUUCAAGGAAAAGAUGGAGGCGAAAGUGACUCCUCUGAGAACUCUGAGUCCAGCAAAAAGGAGAAGAGUGAUAAGAUGCAGGGCAAGGUCACCUCCAAGGAAGACCACCCCAGCAUCGUCCGACUGAAGAGAUACGUCCUGACCUGCGGAGCUCGCAGGAACUACAAGAAGCUGUUUCAGGAUUGCCGCUCAGUGAAAUCUAUGGUGCAGGUCCUGAAGAAUGAGCUGGAGGAGUUGGGGGUAAAAGGUAACCCAAGCCUGGAGAAAUGCCGCGUCGUGCGCCUGAAGAGAGAGGAGGCCGCAGAGCUGGCGGAGUUGGACACCAGCAAUAUCUUACCAACAGUCGGACGCCCUCGGCGCCGUAAUACCUGGAACCCGUAUAAGACCUCCCCGUCCCGCGACACUUCCCCUUCCGACUACCGCAAGGAUGUGGCAUCAGAUUCCGAGGGAGAGGAAGGUCCCCCCCGCAAGAAAAGGCCAAUGGACUGGUCCUGUCUGAAGGGCAUCAUCAGCGACGAUGGUGACAGUGAAUGAAGAGUUUACGCAUCAGCUUCUGUCUCCCCUGUAGUGUGGGGGAAGGGGAAAUGGACCAUGAAGGAGAUUGUCACUGCACACAGAUGUAAUUAUCCUGCUUUUACUGCUGCCUCUUCAGUGCUCUAGCGCCCUUUUGUGCCCACCUCACAACAGGGCGGUUCUUCUAAUGAAAUAUACCCAUGAACUCCCUUUAAAAAACGAUCACAGAGGACCCCUCACCUGUGUGCAGUGGGGGCAGUCCAUUUGUGCCUAUAGUCUGCCUAUCGGGAAUUAGUAAUGUCACUGUCGGCCUCAUACACAGUGAUAGCACCAGGGCCAUCCGUACUCGUUACUGUCAACUUCUCCCUCCCCCUUUUUUUUUUUUUUUAAUGCUUGUGCCAAGGCCAUGUAGGGGGGAAUUCAAACACAUGGUAAUGCCCGGCUGCACAGAUGUCAGCCAUAUACAGUCGGGCCGUUGCUGCUGUCCCUCGCACCUCAUAACUUGUGAUGCGGGCGGUCGCUACGUGCUGUUCCGGAACAGCACAUCAUUGCAUUAAAUUGAAUUCCCUGCAGAGAAAUGUGGACAUGGUUCUAGCUAUAAUUGUAUUAAAUGUUCCUCUCCUCUACCCAUCACUCUCUCCGUACUCCUUCUGAAUAUUCAACUCCUGUUCCGCUAACUUUUUCUUCUCAUCCACCAUGUUUCUCACGUUGUCUCUCUUUGUAUAAAGUCCAUUUUAUUCACCGUUUUUAAAUGUCUGUGUAAAUAAAUGUUGCAAGUUGAUAUGUUAAAUGAAGUUUUAUUUAGAAAUAUACAUGUGUAUUGCACCCUACAUUUGAAAAAUAAGUAUCCUAUGCGAGACGUGUGGCUAGCACUCUAUAUAUUAUUUGUUUUAAGUAAAUAUUUUGCCAAUUUUGGGUAUUUUUCACAUUUCAAAAAUAAAGAACAGAAUUCAUAGUUGUGGGAAACGCAGCCGUCUGGUCUUAGCCGACGCCGUGCCUGAAAUUCUGCUUGUUUUUAUCAUAUCACACCAAACAUAAAGUAAUAAACUAUUUUCUAGCA